GCCUGUGAGCUCUAUAAUACGGCGGCGGGGAAUUUUUUUUAUUUAUUUUAUUUUUUACAAUUAAAAGAGCGUUUUUAUCAUGGCGGAGGACAGCGAAUCCGCGGCCAGCCAGCAAAGCCUGGAGCUGGACGACCAGGACACCUGCGGGAUAGACGGAGACAACGAGGAGGAGAAUGAGCAUAUGCAGGGCAGUCCGGGGGGAGAUUUGGGGGCCAAGAGGAAGAAGAAGAAGCAGAAGAGGAAGAAAGAGAAACCGAGCUCCGGAGGAGCCAAGUCUGACUCUGCCUCAGACUCUCAGGAGAUCAAGAACCCUGGCUUACCCAUUCAGAAGCUGCAGGACAUCCAAAGAGCCAUGGAGCUGCUGUCCUGCCAGGGUCCAGCCAAGAGUAUAGACGAAGCAGCCAAGCACAAGUACCAGUUCUGGGACACCCAGCCCGUUCCAAAGCUAAAUGAAGUUGUGACGAGUCACGGGCCAAUUGAAGCCGACAAAGAAAACAUCAGACAGGAGCCAUAUUCUUUACCUCAAGGCUUUAUGUGGGACACUCUAGAUCUCAGCAGUGCAGAUGUAUUGAAGGAGUUGUAUACGUUAUUAAAUGAAAACUACGUGGAGGACGACGAUAACAUGUUCAGAUUUGAUUAUUCCCCAAACUUUCUCAAAUGGGCUCUGCGUCCGCCGGGCUGGUUACCGCAGUGGCACUGCGGAGUCAGAGUGUCCUCCAAUAAGAAGCUCGUCGGUUUCAUCAGCGCCAUCCCGGCUGAUAUACGCAUCUACGACACGCUGAAGAGGAUGGUAGAAAUCAACUUCCUGUGUGUUCACAAGAAGCUGCGUUCAAAGCGCGUUGCUCCCGUGCUCAUCAGAGAGAUCACACGGAGAGUCAACUUAGAGGGAAUAUUCCAGGCCGUGUACACAGCCGGAGUUGUUUUACCCAAACCUGUGUCGACUUGCAGGUACUGGCACCGUUCCUUGAAUCCUAGAAAGCUUGUGGAAGUUAAAUUCUCCCAUCUGAGCAGAAACAUGACCCUGCAAAGAACCAUGAAACUCUACAGACUACCUGAUAGCAUCAAGACUCCGGGCCUGCGACCGAUGGAGAGGCGCGACGUGCGCCAGGUCACCGAGCUGCUGCAGAAAUACCUGAAACGCUUCCAGCUCACUCCCUCCAUGGGAGAGGAGGAGGUGGCUCACUGGUUCCUACCGCAGGAGAACAUCAUCGACACAUAUGUAGUGGAGGGCACGGACGGCAAACUGACGGACUUCACUAGUUUCUACACUUUGCCCUCGACUGUGAUGCAUCACCCUCUCCACCGGAGCCUGAAGGCCGCCUACUCUUUUUACAACAUCCACACUAAAACCCCACUGCUGGACUUAAUGAAUGAUGCGCUGAUCCUGGCCAAACUGAAAGGCUUUGACGUGUUCAACGCCUUGGAUCUAAUGGAGAACAAGGUGUUCCUGGAGAAGCUCAAGUUUGGCAUAGGAGACGGAAAUCUGCAGUAUUACCUCUACAACUGGAAGUGUCCUCCGAUGGACCCCGAUAAGGUCGGCCUCGUCCUCCAGUAGCGGGCGCCCUCACAGACACACGGGCGAGUUUUCCGCCGCCUCUGGAUAAACCUUGCCUGGACGUACAGGUAGCCCCACGCUAGACAAUGAGAACUACAACCGUUAA